AUGGCACCAGGAAAGUGGGACGACGAAGAAGAAGGCAGCUCUCCUCCUACCUCGCCACAGGUAGCGCCUAUCGCCCGCCGCAGCAAAUUUGACGACGAGGAAGAAGAUGACGAUGUACUAGAUUCAUGGGACGCUGCGGAGGACUCAGAAGUCGAGCGCGAGAAGGCAAAGAAGGCCGCCGAGGCAAAGGCAAAGGCAGAAGCAGAAGCAAAGGCAAACCACAAGUCCAAGGCGCAGCGGAUCGAGGAGCACAGGCAGGCAGCACUACGCCGGCGGCAGAUGGAAGAGGAUGGCGAAUCUGAAGAGGAAGAGACCGAGGCCGAGCGCCGCGAACGAAUGCGCCAGGCAGAGCUUGACGCUUCGCGCGCCCAAGCCGAGGAACUCUUUGGCGACUUGAGCGUCAGCAACAAGACCCGUGCUGGCAAGGCCAUCACCGUCACCGACGAGAGCAACCCGGGCAAUGCUAUCGACCUGUCCUCACUCUCCAUCUUCAAUCCCAACACAAAAGACCAGUUCACCAAGCUCCGAGAGACACUCACACCUCUGAUUGCUGCCAACUCUAAGAAGGGACAGUACUCACUUUUCCUGCAGGAGUUUACCAAGCAGAUCGCCAAGGACCUACCGAGUGAGCAGAUCAAGAAGAUUGCAUCUGGCUUGACCACACUAAGCAACGAGAAGAUGAAGGAGGAAAAGGCUGCCGAGAAGGGAGGAAAGAAGACAAAGGCGGCAAAGACCAAGACUACGCUCAACGCGAGCAGAGACGUUGGCGUUAGAGCAGACACGAGGGCAUAUGAUGAUGACGACUUUGGAGAGUGA